GUCUAAUAAGAUUUACACUGCAAAGUAAAUUAUUUUUUGUAUUUUGAAAAAAAUUACUAAUUAUUUACUCAACAAGGAAAUAUUUUAAAUGAGUAUCAUUAACGACAGGAUAGGUGAAAUUGUAAACACAAUGCACGAUGUUGGAAGGAUUAGUGGCUUGGGUUCUGAACAACUACCUCGGCAAGUAUGUGGAGAAUUUGAACACAGAUCAGCUGAGUGUAGCACUUCUCUCUGGCAAAGUGGAAUUGGAGAACCUGCCCCUAAAAAAAGAUGCAUUGCGUCACCUUGGCUUGCCGGUGGAGGUCCGGGCUGGCUUCAUCGGCAAGGUGCAGCUGCAGGUGCCCGUGCGCCAGAUCCGCUCGGCGCCCUGGCUCAUCGCCAUCGAGAAGCUGUACCUCGUCGCCGCGCCUGUCAAUCUGGAUGAGUGGGACAGCACAGUGGAGGCGAACAUCGCUCACGACCGCAAGAUGGCGCUACUGGACGCGUUGGAGGCACAAUGGCGGGCGUCGCACGAGGCCAGCGACGGCGGGUACUACGCCACCUCGUACUCCUCAUGGCUGAGUUACGGCACCGGUUUGCUGGCCAAUAUCGUGGAGAAUCUACAGUUGAAACUGAACGACGUGCACAUCCGCUACGAGGACGACCUGACGUGCGCGCCGCGCGCGUUCGCGUGCGGGCUGACCGUGGAGUCGCUGACGGCGGAGUCGUGCGACAGCGGCUGGCGGCGCGGCUUCACGCUGCUGGCGGCCGCCGACGGCUGCUCGUUCAAGCUGCUGGAGCUGCAGCAGCUGGCCGUGUACUGGGACCCCAUGCCCGUGCCCUCCGGCAUGCUGCAGCACUGCGAGCUGCCCGACCUCACUGUGCGCAUGUCGCAGACGUGGACGCGGCCGCACGCGUACCUGGUGCGGCCCGCGUCGGCGGCGGCGCGCGUGCGGCGCGAGCGCUGCGAGCCGCCGCUGCGCUCGCGCACGCGCCCGCGCGUCUCCGCGCACCUCACGCUCGACUCCGUGCUGCUCAACCUCACGUCGCGGCAAUACAACGAAGCAGUGGGGUGCUCGCUGGGCCUGGAGCGAAUAGCGCGCGUGCGCGAGAGCCGCGCGUCGCGCCCCGCCGCGCCCGUGCGCGCGCGCGCUCGCGACUGGUGGAUCUACGCGCUCGGCAGGCAUGUGCCUGCGCACGCUUGGACGGAGCCCAAACCAACAUGGGAGUCGUGCCUGGAGCAGGCCCGCAGGACGAGGCAGUACGUGGACAUCUGCCUGGGCAUCCUCAGCAACCCGGCGGCGUCUCUGCCGGCAGACCGCAAGCUGUUCAAGGACGAGUUCGAGUGGAACACGCCGCUGCACAUCCUCAAGCCGCUGCGGGAGAUCGCAAUGCGCAAAGUGCCAAAAGCGACGCCGGUGUCGACGCCGGACAUGCCGAGCAGCUCCGGCCGCAGCAUGCUGCUGCACUGGUUCCCGCAGUGGUGGGGGUGGUACGGCUCCUCCCCCGCCCCCGCGCCGCCCGCAGACACCCCCACACCCCCGCCGCCGGACUCCGCCCCCGUGCCGGAGCUAGAAGAAGAGAUAUUGGAUGUUAUCGCGGAUUCUAUUGAGAAUAACACGUUGUUGAAGAGAGACACCGUGUUUGGGAAGUUCGAGUUUAUUUUGAAUAAAGGAAGCUUUAAUUUGGUGGAGAGCGCGGAGGAUGGCGAUAACACGCCGACGGUGGGCGGGGAGCCCCGCGGCAUGGAGCUCCAGUUCUCGUGCGUGUGCGUGCGGCUGGAGUCCCGGCCGCGCGCCGCGUCGCACCUGCUGCACGUGUCGCUGGGCGCCGUGUGCCUGCGCGAGCGCGUCACGCCCGGCUCGCUGUUCCCCGUGCUCUGUGCGCCGCAGGGCAUGAUCCGCGAGGGCCUGAGCGCCAUGAACACGGCGGCGUCCACCAUGUCGUGGUGCCGCGCGCAGGUGGCCGCGCCGCAAGCCUCCGACGACCAGGAGCCGCUCUUUCAGCUCACGUAUGAGAAGAAACCGUUCGGGCUUAAUUGCGAUUACAAAUUAUGGGUGAAGUCCGCGUCCCUGGAGGUGGUGUACUGCUGGGCGGCGGCGCGGUGGGCGCGGCAGCUGCUGGCGGCGCCGUGGGGCUCGCGGCCCACGCACGCGUACGCCAGCGUGCGCGACCACACGCGCGCGCGCCUCGCGCAGCACUGGCAGCACAUGCUGCAGGCCCGCCCGGGCGAUCGUCGAUCAUGGCAAGUGGAAUUGGACAUAUCAGCUCCCCAAAUCCUGUUCGUAGAAGACCUGUGCGAUAGGGACGCGUCCGUGCUGGUGGUGGACUUCGGCAGACUGCGGCUCGCCAACGCGGCGCCCAACGAUGAUGUGCUCUCCACGCCCACUGACGACGAGGAAAUGUUCAUGACGCCGUGCUCGACGCCCCCCGGCAGCCUGCUGUCGCCCACGUGUCCGCCGGAGCCCCCCGCGCCCAAGCUGGACGCCGCACAUCUCCACAUGAGGCUCUAUGACAGGUACAAUAUAGAACUGAGUGACCUUCAAAUCCUGGUUGGUCGAGCUCGUGACAACUGGAAGUACGCGCACACGAAGAGCAGUUCAACGCUGCAUCUGUUGGACCGGUUCAGCAUUUCUUUGCAGGCGGAACGUCGCGUGGUGCAGACCUCGGACCCUCAGUACCCGACGGCGACGCUGUGCGGGUCGCUGCCUACCCUGGUGGUGCACCUCAGCGAGCAGAAGCUGGCCGCCGUGCGCGCCGUGCUGGCCGACUCUCAGCUGCUGAGGUAACCUCGCCCUCGGAGCUCUCACAAUACAACCUCCGAAGGUGAAGACGAUGACGAAGCGGACGAGAGCAGCAUCAGCUCGCAGACCUCGCGAUCGGAGAUGUCGAGCCAUCAGAACGCCAAGCUGUUCAUGCUGCAGUUUGCCAUCGACCAGCUGUCAUUGGAGGUGCAAUCCCGCGGUCGCAGCAUCGCCGAAGUACAAGUUUGUGGCGUCAAAGCGGCCGCCGCAGUCAGCGCUAGGCCUUCGGAACUCUCCCUCUCGUUAUCAGUACACUCAUUGCUUCUGGUGGACGCGCUGCAGACGUACGGCGGAGACUUCGAGCUGCUGGUGGCCAGUCACAAGCACGUGGGCAUGGACACGGCGUCGGGCAGCAUCCGCGGGUCAGAGCCCACGUCGCCCACGUCCCCCACGUCGCCCACGUCGCCCGUGUCCCCCGAGACCAGGACGGCGCCUGCGCUGGCGCAUCCCCAGGCGCUACACAAUGCGUUGCAUUCCUUGCGGUAUACGGGGACUAAAAAUAUCCCGGACUCUGACCGAAGCAGUCCUCAGCCCCGGUGGGGCGCCCCCAGCAGCUCCCAGCCGGGGCCGCACCACCCGGGGCUGGGCUGGGCGCCCCCAGGAGUAGUGGACUCGGAGGCUCUCAUAGCUGUGGAGCUGUGCCUCGUCAAGGGAGAGGGGGACUCGGAAGACUUGAGGAUAGCCAAUAUACUGUUCAACAAUUUGGAUAUUAUUGCAAAUCAGGAGACGAUAGUGGAGCUGAUCGGGUUCGUGCAGCGCGUGACGCGUCCCAGCGGAGCGCCGCGCGCCGACCACGUGGACCACGCCGGCCACCCGCCCGCCGCCGCGCAAGCUGACUUCAACAAGGAGAUCAGAACGGAGAUCACGUUUGACUUCCACCGACUAGGAGUACUGCUGCUGAGAGCGGCGGUCCACGAGGGCAACGUGGUGGCCAAGAAGAUAGCGACCGCCACCGUCAGCGAAGCCAAGAUUCAGGCCACUCUGGACUCGAGCCACAUCUCCGUGGGCGGGUCGCUGGGCGGCGUGCAGGUGGUGUCUCUGUGCGAGGGCGCCGGCGUGCACACGCGCGUGCUGGCGGCCGGCAGCCACUCCCCCCACCACUCCCCCCACCACCGCGCGCUGCUGUUCUCCGUCGCCAGGAGGCUGGACAGCGAGGCGCCCGUGGUACACGCGAGCGUGUCGAUGCACGUGGCGUCGGUGUGGUACACGCACUCGGGGCCGCUGCUGCGGGAGCUGCGCUCCUGCCUCACGGAGUUCAAGCAGUACCUCGCCAACCUCGCGCGCUCCAUCCGCGCCGCCGCGCACGACAUGGCCAUCGGCCUGGUCCAUCCCAGGAGCGAAGCCCUAUACGCCAACCCGAAGAUGUCGCAGUCCAUAGAUGGGGUCUCUCCGCGGAGGCGCACCUUCAGCAUGGGCUGCUCGGUCGAUGACCCCCCUGACCUCAAGUCCGACAACAUCGUGCUCAGCGUGAACAUCGAACUGGAGUCCCCCGUGGUGGUGGUGCCGCGCGCGGCGCACAGCAGCGAGGUGUUCGUGGCGCACCUCGGCCGCAUGGCGCUGUGCAACACGCCCGGCCCGCCGCAGCACUGCCAGUACCGCGUGCGCGUGCGCGACAUCUCGCUAGCCUCGCUGGACGUAGCAGAACAGCUGAAGAAGCACCAGCUGAGCGCGGAGAACAUGCCGCAGAUAUACGACGUGUCGCGCGGCAAGCCCGUGCUGCACAACACCGCGCUGCAGCUCUCCAUACACUGCGGCGACACACAGCUGGAUGGCGCUGUAGUCGACCAGUGCGAGAUCCGCGGCAAAAUAGUGGGCCCACUUCACAUCUCUGCUCGACGUGAACAAUACGAGCAGUUGUUGGAGACCAUCCGCUGGAUCAGCUGCGCCCCCGUCGAGAGACAGGCCGACAGAGACCACGCCGCUGAGAGUGCCUCGCUGUCGGAGCCGGCGGUGCCGACGCUGCGGCUGGACCCAGCGCUGCGAGCCCAGCAGCUGCUGCUGGCGCCGCCGCCGCCCGCGCCCAGCAAGCGGCCCGCCAGCACCACUGUGCGUUUCGAGGUGGCCUCGCUGAAGGUGGAACUGCGCGCGGACCUGGGUGCCGGGGAACGCAGCCUGGUGCAGCUCGCCUUCCGGGAGUUCUCGCUGCUGCACCGCUCUGUGGGGAACACGCUGCAGGUUUCCCUCCACUCCAUCACGAUGGAGGACCUGACCAAGGAGCCGGAUUCGCGCCACCGCAUGAUGAUGGUGUCGCACACCCCCCAAGUGCCCCCCAAGGCCGUGUUCGUGUCCAAGUCGUGUCCGGACUUCGUGACAUCAUUCCCGGAGUUCACGAUCAAUGAAGCUUGUUGCAGCUCGGCGUCUUUGCCCGGGAAGCUUAACAUACUGGACGGAGAAUGGGCAACACGUCGCAGCAAGCGUGACAGCAAAUGCGGCAUCACCCCGCCCUGUUCCCCGAGCUCCCCGGCCGAGCCGCCCGCGGCCGAGGGGGGGGAGGCGGCGGACAGCGGGGAGGAGGCGGGGGACAUGCUGCGGGCGGACGACAACCUGGUGUGGGUGUCCGUGCAGUGGCGGCCCGAGGCGGCGGAGGAGGACGGUGAUAAGAUAAUAAAACUGACGAAAGUGGAGUUCAACUGCCUGAAGCUGGUGGUGAGCAUCGACAGCUGGGUGACCGUGCUGGACUUCUUCGGGAUAGCGGGGGACGAGCCUGGCGGCUCGCCAGAGCCGGACCCGGAUCACACUGACGAGGCCGGCACAGCGGCCCCGAGCGCGGGCAGCACGCAGACCGACAUGUCCAUCCGCUCGCUGUCCGUGCUGGUGGUGCGCAGCGGCGCGGAGGCGUGCCGCGCGCUGCUGUCGCGCGUGCGCGUGCGGGCGCGCGCUCGGCACGCGGCGCGCGCGCGCAGCGUGGCGGGGCGGCUGGGCGCGCUGCGGCUCACGGACCUGGCGCCGCACGCGCUGCUGUGGCGCGACAGGUUCCGCACGCACGCGCACCACGCGCUCACCUUCCAGUACAACAGACUUAGCAGCGCGGAAGCAGCGGCCGCCGGCCACGAGACGAGCCUCAGCAUAGAGAUCGGGCCCGCCACGUACGUGCACACGAAGCGGUUCGUGCAGGAGCUGCAGGCGUUCGCCAGGGAGUUCAGCUUGCUGCGCCGCGUCAUCCUGCAGGCCAGGAGGAAGGUAUCGGUGGGCACAUCAGGCAACCACAUCAACCGUAUGCAGCUACAGCUAUCGUGCUCGGCGCCGGUGAUCGUGCUGCCGGUGUCGGCCCGGAGCCGCGCCGGGCUCGCCGCGCACCUCGCGCGCCUCACGCUCACCAACCGGUUCCUGCCCGCCGGACAUCCGGCCACUGUCAGCACGAGGGCCAGUACCGAUCAUCCGGAGGAGCUGCUGGACGUGCGCACGGCGCAGCUGGCGGGCGUGUCGCUGUGGUGCUGCCGGCUGUCGCGCGCGCUGCGCCUGCGCACGCUGCCGCGGCCGCUGCUGCACGCGCCCGCGCACCUGCCGCUGCAGGUCGAGCUCAACAUGGCCGACACGCACUAUGUACCAGACAUGACGAUCCAGGGCACGCUGACGACGCUCCAGGUGGCGCUGGACCCGGAGCAGUACCGGCUGAUCCGCGGGGUGCUGGCCCACAACCUGGGCGAGUGCGUGGACGACCUGCUGCCCACGCAGCCCGCGCCGGACUUGCCCAGCGAUAGCACCGACCAGGUUUGGACAACAUCAUCCCUGAAGCUGGACCUGCAGGAUGUGAGGGUGCAGCUGGAGUCGGGGCCGGGCGCGGGGUCGCUGGCCUGCAUCAACUUCAUCAAGUCGAGGCUGCUCGUCGAGACAUUCUCCGACCUGUCCCAGGACAUCGACCUGGUCUCGCAGGAGAUCCUGGUGUCGGACACGCGGUUCUCGUCGCAGCCGGCCAACCGGCGCGGCAACGUGUUCAGCCACAUCGUGCAGCCCAUGGCCGAGCACCGGCACAGCGUGCAGCUCGAGGUCCACGCCAGGAAACGUCGAGAAUCUUCCGCGUACACGAUCCUGGUGAACAACAUGCGGCUGAUGGCCGUGCUGGACUGGUGGGAGGCCGCCAACCAGUUCCUCAUGCAGCCGCCGCCGCCCUCCGCGGACCCCGACCAGCUGCAUCUAGAGGAGUCCGGGGCGGCUCGUCCAGCCAGCCAAGCGCCCCGCGGCCGGCCCGGCGACGGGCAGCUGGAGCUCAAGCUGAACGUGACCGACUCGCAGCUGGUGCUGGUGGAGGACGCCUCGCUGUGGGACACCAACGCGGUCAUAUUGCGGAGCACGUGCGUGCUGACGUACCGGCCGUGGGACGGGCACAAGCCGGUGUCGUGCUCGCUGACGGAGCUGGAGCUGUUCUCGUGCGUGCUGGGGCUGGAGGAGGAGACGGCGCUGUCCAUCGUGGAGCCCGCCGCCGUGCACGCCGCGCUCGGCCCCGCCCGCGACCUGCAUGUGGCGAUGGGGACGCUAAACCUGCGGCUCUCGUACCACGACAUGCGCAUGUUCGCGUCCAUGCUGCAGUCGCUGCCGGCGCAAGCCCGGGCGGCAUUGGCUGGCAAGCUGCUGCCGCCGGAGCGCGCGGCCGCGCCCGCCAACAGCGCGCCGCGCCGCGCGGGCUGGGCGCCGCGCCCGCGCUGGCUGCCCGCCGCGCCGCCGCCGCCGCCGGAGCCCGAGCCGGAGCCGCAGACCAGUGCCAUUUGGCCGCUGAAGGCUGUUAAGGUGACCGCGGAUUGUAUAACACUGUGCGUCAUAGACGACUGCCUGGAUUCCGACGUGCCUUUAGUGGAAGUGUCGCUUAGUGAACUCAAAGUGGAACAGGAUCUCCGCAAAGUUGAGGAGUGCCUAGACGACCCGCUCCUGGUGUGCACCCCCGCGGGCCCGCCCCCCGCCCGCCGCGGGUCGGCCGGCGCGGGGGCAGCGGGGGGCGCGGGGGGAGCGGGCGUGGGGAGGCUGGCCGCUGUGCUCAGCGCCGACUACUACAAUAGACCUCUCUCAGGGUGGGAACCCUUCGUUGAACCUUGGAGAUUCGAAACGAUGUGGGAGUGCAAAGUGACGAGCACACUAGCGCCGCGCGUGGAGUUGUCCGUGACGUCCGCGGAGAUGCUCAACACCAACGUGACGUCAUCGCUCAUCGAGCUCGGCCAGCUCGUCCGGGACAACUGGAGUGCGGACUAUUACGCGCCGCAGUCGUCGGUGUCAGCGGAGGCGUCUCCGAAGGGCAGCCCGGCGGGGCACCGGCGCCGCUCGCCGUUCGUGCCGUACGCGCUGCGCAACCUCACCGGGCACCGCCUGUGGUUCACCACGCUGCUCACCACCUUUGCUCGAGAACGGCGGUCCGGCCGUGGCGGAGGGGGCCCCGACGACUCGUGGGUGGCGGUGCGCGCCGGGGACACCGAGCCGUUCUCGUUCGGGGCGCGGAGCGGGCGCGCCCGGGGCCGGCCCGCCGCGCGCCCCGGGCCCGGCGAGCCCCCCGCCACGCUGCACCAGCUGGCGCUCCGGCUGGACGGCUGGGCGCCGCCCGACCCCGUCUGUGUGGACCGGGUCGGCGUCUUCUUCAGGAACCUCACGCACCUGAAAACUGGAGACGAAGCUCGGAUAGUGUUCGAAGUAUCCUUGGAAGGGUCAGCUCGGAAGCUGGUGACGGUGCGAUCAGCGCUGCAGCUGGUCAACAAGCUGCCACAUGCCGUGGACGUGAGAGUCGACUACGCCCCUCCCAAAGGCGAAUGGAGUAGUGUGAGCAGCACGUGGCGCUCAGCUCAAGUCCCGGCGGGGGCGACGUGGCCCGCUCCACUGUCCGCUCGGCCCGGCGCGCUGUGGACGCGGCCCGUCCUGGGCCCCGCGCUGGCGGCCAGAGAUACUAGAGCCACGCCGCCCGCGCCCGCCGCUAUCGACUGGAGGUCAGCCUCCGCUGGCGGUGCGCAGCUGCUGCAUUACGAGUGCCGCGCGCCUCCCGACCAUGUAUAUAGGUUCUGCUGCUCGAUAGUUCGCGAACCGUUCCCCCCGGAGCGAGGGUCGCCGGUAGCGGGUCACACACUGACGCUGGUGCCGGCGCUGCGGCUGGAGAACCUGCUGCCGCUGGAGCUGCAGUACCGCUGCUGCCAGCCUGACAGCACGCAGCAAGCUCAGCACGCGCUGGCUGCGGGCGACACGCGCCCCUUUCACGAGGUGAACGUGGAGGAAGGCGUAGAAUUGAGCGUGAAGCUGGAAGGUUUCGGCUGGUCGUCGCCGCUGGCGGUGUCGGCCAGCGCCGCCGCCGGCUCGUUCGCGGCGCGGCUCAAACUGAGGGACACAAAGGGGAGAAGGCUGUAUCUUAAUGCCAGGGUCCAGCACAGCAAGACCGAUGGUAUUAAGGUGUCAGUGUCAGCCGCAUACUGGCUCGUGAACCGCACGGGGCUGCCGCUGGUGUUCCGCGCGGAGGGCGGCGCCGGCGAGGCGGCGGGGCAGUUCGCGGAGCACGAGGUGGCGCGCAUGGUGGCGCCGCUGCUGUUCGCCUUCGCCUCGGCCGACGCGGCGCCCACGCUGGCCGCGCGCCUCGGCCGCGGCCGCGCCGACUCCGUGCAGUGGUGUUCCCCGUUCGGGCUGGGCCCGGGCACGUUUGUGAAGCGCCUGGUGGGUCGCUGCGACUCAGAGGAGCGGGAGUUCGCCCUCGGGGUGUCCGUUCGUGCCGGCAGAGGGCGCUACCGCCACACCAACAUCGUGACCUUCACCCCGCGAUACCAGCUGCACAACAACACCUCCCACCACCUGCAGUUCUCGCAGAAGUGCACCGCCACCACUCUGUCGGACCCCGGCGCGACGGCGACGCACGUGAGCGCGGUGGCGGGCUGCUACCUGCCGUGGCACUGGGCGCGCGCCGACCGCGAGCGGCUGCUGAGCGUGCGCGUGCUGGGCGCGCCGCCGCACGCGCAGCCGCGCACCGCCUGGUCCGCGGGCGUGCGCCUCGACGCGCCCAGGGCGCUGCAUCUAGCCUGCAGGGAGAGCGGUGGCAGCUACCAGCUUAUCCGCGUAGAGAUCGUGUGCCAGGGCGCCACCAUGUUCGUGGUGCUGACGGACGCGGACAGCGCACCACCACCGUUGCGCAUCGACAACUACUCGCCCGUCUCCAUCAUGUUCCACCAGGUGGGCUGCACCGAAGAGAGCGUAGUGGGUGCUCACGCGUCCAUCCGCUGGGCUCUGCCCGAACCGGACGGCGCCGCUGCGAUCUCGCUGCGGGCGCCGGGCGGCCCGCGCACCGCCCUGCAGCUGGACGAGCUGGGCGCCGCGCACCAGCUGCUCUACCAGAACUUCAUCUAUGUGGUGUUCUCCAGCGCGGUGUUACCAGGAGCUAAUAAUGAUGAGAAUGUACUGGUGCUUGAAGUGCCCUUAGGUUCAACAAGAGUAGUGUUGGGAAAGAAGCGGUAUGGAGACAGAUCACAACUGUGGCGGCGUGGUCCGAAUGAUCAGCUGAUUCACGAAGGAAGUUCGCCACCGCAGCCAACGGACGCGUUGCUGAGCGACGACGCCGUUCUCUCGCCACACGCUAUGGUGCUAGACAUCGAGGAGCCAGCCCCUCGCCCGCAGCAAGCCAGCGCGCUGGUGCUCCGCCGCGCGGACCCGCGUCGGGCGUCCACCCAGCGCUGGAGGCUGACCGCCGACGGCCGCAUGGCCUGCGUGCACGCCAACCUCUGCGUGCAGCCCUCGGACGGGCUCAUGGGGCUCACUCCAGGCAGUCGCGUAGUGCUGGGUCUAUCUGGAGCAACCCGUGGGUCAGGCGUGCCCCGAGAGCAGGCCGUGUCGUGGCAUACUCUGCGCCCCGGCUCCGGCCGGCUAGAGGUCACGCUGUGUGCUGAUGGCCCCACGAGGCUUGUUCGUAUACACGACCAUAAAGCGCCGGAGUCCGACUGGAUCGAAGGCCUGGAGCAGCCUGAGCAGCCGCCGUGCGGCAGCACCCGCGAGUGGGCGUGCCGCGUGUCGCUGGCGGGGCUGGGCGUGUCGCUGGUGGCGCGCGCGCCGGCCGGCGAGCUGGUGCACGCGGUGUUCGCCGGCCUGCGCGUGGACUGCGCGCUCGCCGACCAGCUCGCCGUCUCGCUGGCUGUCAGGCACAUGCAGUGGGACAACCAGUUGCUGGGCACCCCGAGCCCGGUGCUGCUGUACUGCCUGCCGUCGCGCGACAGCGACAGCGUGCCCGCGCUGCACGCGGCGUUGGAGGUGCAGCGCGCGCCGCUCCGCAGAUACCGCGCCUUCUACUUCCGCCGCCUCGUGCUGGCGCUGCGGCCGCUCGCCGUGCGCCUGGAGGAGAGGUUAAUCCUGAAGCUGUGGGAGUGGGCCUGGGACCCCGAAGAGGAGAGUGCGCGCGAGCAACCGGACGAGGCGGACUACGAGACGCGGCGGAUGCUGGACGAGCUGACCGCGCUGCACGCCACGCGCUACUACUUCGCGCUGAUUCAGAUCGUGCCCAGCCAGAUCCGGCUGUCGAUGUGCACGGCCAACAAGCUGGAGGGCUCGCUGAGCGCGCUGAAGCGGCGGCUGGGGCUCACGCUGAUCAAGUUCGAGGACGCGGCGGUGGAGCUCGAGCCGUUCGUGCGCGCGCACGUGUUCGACAGCGCCGGCUACCUCGCCAGGCAGCUGCUUAUACACUUCAAGGAUGAACUAAAAUGGCAGGCAGCCAAGAUCCUGGGAUCAGUGGACUUCCUGGGCAACCCGCUGGGUUUCGUGGCGGACGUGUCGGAGGGCGUCUCUGGGCUACUGCUUGAGGGGAAUGUGGGAGCUCUGCUGCAGAACGUGACUCAUGGUAUUUCCAAUUCUGCUGCUAAAGUUACAGAAUCGCUCGGCGAUGGUCUGGAGCGCGUGGUGAGCGACGAGGCGCACGAGGAGACCCGCCGCCGCAUCCGCAGCGCGGCGCGCGGCGCGCACCUCGCGGCGGGGCUGCGGGGGCUCGGCCUCGGCAUCCUGGGCGGCAUGACAUCCCUGGUGAAGCACAGCUACGAGGGCGCCACUCAGGAAGGGCUGCCGGGGUUCCUGGCGGGCGUGGGCAAGGGGCUGGUGGGCACCGUCACCAAGCCGGUCAUCGGAGUGCUGGACCUGGCCACCGAGACCGCCUCCGCGUUGAGAGACACCAGCAGGAGAUCGGACAAGUGGGUCCCGUCCCGCGUGCGCGAGCCGCGCUGCGCGUGCGGGCCGGGCGGGCUGCUGCCGCGCUACGACGCGCGCGCCGCCGAGGGCGCGGCGCUGCUGUACGCGCUCAACAACAACGACUACUCGGAGCGCUUCCUCGCCUACCGCUGCGUGCGCGACACGCCGCACGACAUCCGCGCGCUGCUGUCCAGCGACCACCUGCGCAUCAUCACGUGCAAGCACGCCGCCGGCGCGCGCCCGCAGGUCGUCAUGGAGACCCAUCUCAGCAACCUGGUGUGGUGCCGCGCGGUGAGCACGGAGGCGGGCCACUACCUGGAGCUGGCCGUGCGCGGCGGCGCGGCGGAGGGCGUGCGGCGGCCGCGCGUGCAGUGCGACAGCGCGGCGCUGGCGGGCUGGGCGGCCACGCGCGCCGCGCUCGCGCGCCAGCUGCUGCUGGAGGCGGCGCACGAGCUGUGAGGCAGCGACAGCGCGGCGCUGGCGGGCUGGGCGGCCACGCGCGCCGCGCUCGCGCGCCAGCUGCUGCUGGAGGCGGCGCACGAGCUGUGAGGCAGCGACAGCGCGGCGCUGGCGGGCUGGGCGGCCACGCGCGCCGCGCUCGCGCGCCAGCUGCUGCUGGAGGCGGCGCACGAGCUGUGAGGCAGCGACAGCGCGGCGCUGGCGGGCUGGGCGGCCACGCGCGCCGCGCUCGCGCGCCAGCUGCUGCUGGAGGCGGCGCACGAGCUGUGAGGCAGCGACAGCGCGGCGCUGGCGGGCUGGGCGGCCACGCGCGCCGCGCUCGCGCGCCAGCUGCUGCUGGAGGCGGCGCACGAGCUGUGAGGCAGCGACAGCCGCCAGCCGAGUAACUAAUGUAACAAAUAAGGCCUCGAGACUAAUUUACACUGAAAUCUUAAAAAUAUAAGGAUGAUCUAUAUUCCCAACAACAUAACGAUAUCCCGAACGAAGACAAAGAAACUCGAACGAGACUCAACCAAUAUGGGAAUUGGUUUCAAACAGAAGAAACAAAAUGAUCAAAAUAACGGUCCUUAAAUCAUUUCUAAUAAUGUGUUAAAACAUUUGGUUGUGUUGAGGUCGACGCGUGAAGAUUAGUUUGCCAUAAAAAUCACAAUUAUAUUAUGGGCCAACCAUUAUUUCCUAAAAUAUUAAUUUAUUUGAAAUAUUGUACAUUAUUCUCUCUCUCUCACUCUCUCUCUCUCUGUCAUGCUGUUUGAGUUAUUAGCUGUUUGCAUCUCAAACUUCUGUUUUCGCUAAAAGCAGUAUUUAUUUAUUUAUUACCACACGCAAUGCAAUAAUAACAAAAGUUAUUGUCUGGCGAAAUUUAUUGUUGUAAUUUACUAAUAUUAAGACCACGACCUCAAGACGACUAGCGAUGAAUUGACUUACCUUACAGUACUACCACGUUUAUAAGUCGCCUUGGCAUUUGACGGAGCAGAAAAUCGCAAUCUAUCGCCGAAUCAAAACUCAAUAAAAUAACGACCUUAUUACACAAGUACUUUAAACUUAAAAUCCAAAAACUAAAUAUCACCUGCUAUCUCUUUCAUAAUAGAACAGCUGACAGUUCAGUUCGCGGGUUCUGAUGGCGCGCUCUGAUAGGUUGAACACUUCAAAUUUUGUCGCACCGUAUCAAAAUUAAACUUCUGCGCAGACAACAUCGGUGUCACUUAUAAAAUUGGUAAUACUGUGCCCGAUUUAAAAUAAUGUAAUUUUUAAACGCAUCACUGUUGUAGUCACUCGAUUUAUACGCUUCCAUAUCGAUGUACGACGGGUUUUCCCGCGUAGUAGAUGUAGUUGACUUCAUGUGAGUACCUAAUAUAUUAGAAGACUGACAAUUAGAAAGACAAUCAAUAUUUAACAUUAGUUUUUCCCUAUUAAGUACUUCAUGUGAUUUAUGUACUUAUAAUGCUAAAGUAUUUAUUUAUAAUUACAAUUAGACUAUGUGCAGCGCCCUUUGAAAAAAUUGUACCUAAUAGGUAUAUCAAAUGUGUAACUCAAUACAGUUCAAUUUUUUAAAUUUAAGUCUUUAUGAAAUAGUACUUUCAAUAGAAAUUUUGUAAUCAUUAACAGGAUAGAUUUUGAGAUUUUUGUACUAAUUUCGUUUGAAAAGACUCUCCUUGUUAACGCUCUAAUAAUGUCUGUAUGUACGUUUAUGUAUAUUUGAGCAUAACGAGCGAUGGUGAAGUGACAUGUUAGUGUGCCCGGCGUUGCCUGGGUUUCUUGUGAUAUCCUGUAAUUAUGUAGUAUUAGUUUGUAGUUGUAUGUCGGUUUGUUUGUUGGGUGUGAAGAGUUGGGGCUCGGGAAAUGGUGGUGGGGAGAAAUGGACACACAAAUUUUUUAUUUGAUUCUUUAAAAAGUUUUGUUCUCAUGUUUUCAAAGAAUCUUAUUAACAAUUGUUAAGAGUUCAAUUUUGAUUACAUUAAAAAGGUUGUAAAUGUAUAAACUUUGGUGUAUGUCAUAUGUUGGUGGAUGUCCGCAGAUUAUAUAUUUUGAUUGUAGUAGGUAGACCUGUGAAAUAUGAGUAAAAUAUAUAUUUUGUAUAUGUGGCCGGUUGGCGGAGCCCAGGGCUGUGAAGGAAGAAUUGGCGAAUAAAUUAUCAUGUUCUGUUUAGAUUUAAUCCAUUUGUUACCUCAUUAAAACUGUAUUAUUUGUUCAUUUGUCAUAUUAUUCUGCCAUUGAAGACAGCUUGUGACAGGUUGUGGUACGUUAUUGUGUUUGAUAGAAUAACCUCAGUCACAUUUUAUUUAUUUCCACUCAUAAUGUUUCUCUUUUACAUGAUUUAUAACGAACCUGUAUGUGAUAUGCUUUGUGUUACAUUUCUAGUUUUUAUUUUGAUGUAAAUCUUCAAUUUAUUUGUAGAUAUGUACUAUGUCUAACUAAUUUGCUAUAUAAUGCGAUCACAAACAAUAUAUUAUUGACUGUGGCCGCGCCGUCAAAGCCUUAACAAAAGGCUUGUCUCUUACCAAAGUACCAUUUGAAUGUCUAUUUUAUUUAAGCUGAACUGUCCUUUUGAAAACGAGGAGCUUAUUUAUUUAUUUAUUCUAAGCGUAAUCGUUAAGUUGUUCCUUUCGUAUUUAUUUUAACUUACAUUCGCUAAAGCAAUAAAUGAUACUAAAAUAUA